AUGAGGCCCUGUAGUGUAUGCCGGUUGAAGUACUUGCGUGCCGCGAAGGCCUCUUACGGGGGCUCGGUGGCUUCUCUGUUGGACAACUACCUGCAGCAGGGCGGAGAGGCGCACGCGGCCAACUUGCCGGCAUCACAGAAGUACUUCUAUGCGCAGAAGGAACAAGACGGCCCGGGGACUUCGCAGAAACACCAGAUGAUACAGCUGCGUCUUGGCUCCGCCCAGAUGUUGACGUCCGCGACAGGGAACAUUGCAAACCGCAACGAGGCACAUCCUUUAUUCUACUCGCAGACGGCACCGCGAGGGGCGGGGUUGUGUGUCUCCCUCGUCGUGGCUCUGAAGAAACUGCGAAUUCAGCGCCUCACGGAACUGCAGGGAGCGUUGAUUCCCCUUCUGCUGAAGGGUAAGCAUGUCAUCGCCCACGCGGAGACAGGGACAGGGAAAAGUUUUGGCAUUGCGCUCGCAUGCGCCAACCGGAUCAUUCGGGAAAAUAUUAACUAUCGCCUCCACACCGUCAUCAUUGUCCCGACGGAGGAGCUUGCGUUGCAGUACGACAAGUGGCUUCGCCACUUCGGCGGUUCCACCUCGCAGGUGGUGCAGGCGGCGAUUGAAAGGGUACCACUCGAGACGCAGCUGGCGAAAAUACACAACAUCCAGCCACACGUACUGGUGGGAACCCCCCAACGCAUCGCGGACAUCCUCCGCCUGAGCCCCACCGUCCUCGGUGAGAAGCUACGCCGCAAGGUGGACUGCGUCAUUCUUGAUGAGGCUGACAUCGUCCUCUCAUCUGAAGUUAAGUUCGGGCGACACACCAUCAGCGGGAUCAACCUGGUCGACCGAUUGUUCCGGAGUAGACGCGAGGAGGUCCCAGCGCAGUUGGUCGCCGCGAGCGCAACCAUCGAUGGACGCACUGCGCAGGCCCUCAAUACGUGGAUGCGCAACGACAAGGCGGUUCGUCUGACAACAAGUUUUGUGGAGCACACUAUUCCACAGACGAUAAACUUUUAUUUCUUCGCCGAAUCCCAGCGGUACACGCUGUCGCACUCCUUGGAACUCAUCGUGCGGCUGAUCUGCAAGCAGGAAAGGCGCCCGCGCAUUCUUGUCUUCACGGAUCCUGAAGCCGUUGCGGAUGUUGCUGGUCUGCUUGGCGAGCUGCAGCAGCGCUCCCCAGAGGUGCAGCAGUGGCUUCGGAGGGGGGCUGGUAGGGAGGUUGCAGCGCCACUGCAGUCACUGUUGGACCCCACAGGCAGCCGGCGGCCAAUUGUCCCUGGGCAGCGCGACGUGUACGUGAAAGAUGACAGCUCCCUGGGCAAGCUCAACAGCGGCGCCCUUCUGGUGGGCGUGGGGAGCCAUGAGCUGAGCCGAGGCAUUCAUGUGAGUGGCAUCACACACGUCAUCUUGUACGGUGAGUGCCCGCCUGCUGCGGCGUUUGUGCACUGUUCGGGGCGCACUGGCCGGAUGGGUGCGGAGGGGCACGUUGUGCUGCUUUACCCACCCUCUUCAGGCCGCACUGUGCAGCAGGUGUGCCACGCGGUGGAGCUGCCAUUUGUGCGCGGGCAGAUGGAGCAGGUGGAGGGACUGCUGGUCGCAGACAGCUUCGCCUCCAGCAGUGCCCAGGAGGAGCUGCGGAGGGCGAAUGCACUGGGGGGAGACGACUAG